GGGAGUUGAAGUCCACAGGUCUUAAAGUGGCCAAAGUUGGAUACCCCUGUUGUAGAACAAUUUAACAGCCUAGGAUCUCCCCUUCCACCAGCUAUUGCUGCCAAAAAUUAAUGGCAGAGUUGACUGUUCUGUUGAGUGACAUCCCUCCCCCAAACAAAAUUAACCUGGUUGAAACAGCAAGGCCUUUUAAGCACUCCAACAAUUGGGAGGAAAAUCCCAAAUUCUGGUUUGCUUAUUGGUUGAUAUGGCACUAGUCCCCUCACAGGUUUAGCCCUUCACUCCCCCAGAUUAUAACAAUAGCGUUGAGCACAAAGAGAUUGGCGGUAGAGAUUUUCAGGGCCAUAUUAGUGCACGCUGCUAAGAACUCUGGUUAGGAGGGUCUGGUUGCAGGAAUGUUUGUGGGUGAAACUGGUGAAAAGUUCCUAUGUCUAAAAUAAUUCUAGGGCCUUAGUUCCCGCUUACAGAAUUACAAACAGCUGAAAUUUGAUUUAAGAAUUUGUGUUAUUUCAGAGAAAUUAAAAAAGACUUGGAAUAGUAAGGAUUCAUCUAAGAAAGUUAAAAUAAAGGCUGUCUUAUUAUAUAACCCUGCCUGUUCCACUACAAAUGACUCUUGAAUAGGAGGAAAUUCUUGGCUGGUUUUCAUUUCUGAUUUUUCUUGGUGGGAUCUGCAGCACAAAUAAGCAAAUCAAAAAUGGAGAAAUGGGAUGGCUGAGAAAUCAACAGUCAAGAACUUUAAGCAUCAUGCCAUAGAAAUUUCUGCCUCUUAUCUGGCAUGGCUUUUAUUUUAUCAUGUAACUUAGGUUUUAAUGCUCUGUCAAUAAAAUGCCGAUGCUUGUCCUGUGAGUCCUAUCUUUAAUCAUGAGAAACAGCUUAAUAUCCUAACAGUGGAUGACCUUGUCUAAGAAGUGUUUUAUAAACAGAACUAGAGAUCCUGUAUUCCAAAUUUGUCAAAUUUAUAAAGAGCCCUCUCUUCACAGUGGGGGCUUUAGAAGUGAUGUAGAGCAUUCAUUUUUGCUUAAAGAACACUGCAAACCUUAUGUGGACCAGAUGAACAUCCCUAUCAACUUCAGAAGGGUCUGCCAGAAGUUAGCCCAGGCCCGUUGGUGAACUGUGAUCCUCUGCCUUCCCUAAGUUAGCAGAAAUUCCUCUUCCCCUCCUUCCGAAUUGAGUGGUACCCAUAAUUAUGCCCCAUAAUUUCUGUGGAUAGUGGCAAACGUGGGCUCUCUGAAGUUUAGCUUUUAUGUGCCUUUUUCCUGCUGUCUCGCUAACAUUGUAACCUGCUACUCUUUCAUGGAAGGUAAGCUCUCUCGUGUUCUAAUACCUAUGUGUGUGAUUCAUCUGAUCUCUUCCAUGUGUGUAGCAAGAGCAAAUUCUUCUGCUUGUGCCUUCCACCGUUUGGAAGGCGGGCAGAUCUGCAGGCUUUGGGUUGGACUGAAGCAGCUCUGUUUGUUGUCACCAGCAAACUAGGGUCGCCACAGACCUGUGUUCCCCCUGAGUUAAGAGGGUUUUUUUUCUCUUUGAGAAAGCUGGCAAGCCCAAAGAGGCAGGUUAUUGAUUGAUCCCCAUUUACCCACAGACCAAGACUAGUAGCAGCUUUGAAUGGGUAGAUUUGAUCCUUCCAGAGCUCUCCGGAGCAGAAGGCAUUCCAGCUGGCCUUUCCCAAAGGGGCUUGCCAGUACAGUCAGAUGAUUUCUAAAGCUUCCUCAUUUCUAACACUGAUGAGAUUUAAAACAUUUUGCCCCAAAGGAAGCACGAUUUAGUUAAAGCAAGCUAGCACACAUUUUAUUUUGAAUCUUCUCUUUAUUUCCCCAAGUAUUUUUCCUUAAAGUCUGAUGCAGGAGAGGUGAAAAUCAUAGGCUAUAAGAUCAAAAGACAAAAAAGCAAGGGAACCUGUGAGAAGACAACAAAAAUGCAGUUUGUGUGUGCUUCACCCUGAGCUACUUUCAAUUUAUCUGGAAUUGGGAAGAAAUGGACCUCCUUAUUUUCCCAUUUUCCCCUUCAGGAUCAUGAGAUCUAGAACCCUGCCUUCCUUUAAAGCCCAGCUCGCCCUCUGCUCAUGAUGUCUGGGACAACCAUUUCCUCCCCCUUCUCAUCCUUCUCCCAAGUCUUGAGUGAGGCUUGUGUGUCUGUUUUAUUAACACCUUCCAUCUCUCUCUAACCCACGUUUUGUGGACUCUUGAAAUGUGGAGAAAUGCCGAGUUGUGUCUGUUGGUUGUAAUUACCUGGCUUCACUUUUGUAUGGUUUUUAUUUUAUAUGUAUUUCUCCCUCCAUUUCCCUUCCUCCUCACCCCAACAUGCGUGCUGCUGAUUUUAAAUUCCACAUCAUUAUACCUCUGUGGUUUAGUUUUACUUGGAAUAACUUAAGAUUAGCAAGUAAUACUCUUGUUUUACAAUUUGUAGGACUGCAGGAGAACCCAGCUGCAUAUUUCUUGGUCAGCACUGAGCAAGACCGAAGGCCAGGGGCCACCAGUGGCUUGCCGUUGAAUAAGCAGCAGCAGAGUCAACCUGGAGGAGAAGCUGACUCCUUGGUGAGGGAUGGUCUCUCAAGCAACAGCUCCUUCCACAGCAGCGAAGGAGAAGGGACUGACCACGAGGGAGACAUCUUGGACUGCAGUGGAUCCAGACCUCUGUUGAUGGACUCAGAAGAGGAAGAAGAGGCUUGUAAAAUGAACCCCCAGCUUCAGGAAAGGGGAGGUGGUUCCCAAAAGGACUUGAACCUCCAACCAGCCCAGAAUGUGUCAGGGUCAGUUCUGUUCGACACUUUUCCGCAACAACCUGCAGAAACGUCUGAAAAGGAGACCGAUGUUUUUGCCACGGCUCCUUUCCGAAACUCUAAAAGCCACUGUGAUGACUUGGACAUUUUCACGAAAGCACCGUUUCUCUCCAAAAGCCAAAUGUUUUCUAAGCAACUGGAUGAAGGCGAUGUGUUCCUUAAAGCUCCGUUCACAAAAAAGAAAAGCCAGGAGGAGCUGGUGGCUCACAAUGUCGUCAAGGAACCUCCUCCCACUGGGGCCUUCCUAGGCUCAGCUGGAGUUGCUCCUCAGCACACACGUGCCCCUACAUUCCAGAAUCUGGAUGUGGGAACCCAUGGCUCCCUUCUUCCCCAAGGCCAGUAUUCAGGGGCCUCCUUGGUUCAGCCCUCAAGAGCAAGUGAUGGUCCAGAUGCCCACCCUCUCAAAGGUGCAUCUGGAGAAGUCAGUCCCGUUUCCAACGAUACACUCCAAAGACACCUGGUCCUCCAGGAAGGCUUCUUGGGAUCGAAGACCAGCCCGCCUUUCCACCCACAGUCCUUAGCAAAAUACUCCCGACAUUACAGUCCAGAAGGCAGGCAGGGGACCAGCGCCCAACCCAUAGCAGCUUACAAAGUUGUAUCUCAGACCAACAAGCAGGUGAUAGCUGGGUCCGUUUCUAUCGCCUCUCUUUCUUCCAGGACUAAAGAACUACCCACUAGUGACCCAUUUACAUCUGCCCCCUUUCCCUCCAAACUGGGGAAGCAGAAGCCUUAAAUGGUUUCUACUGUAAUGACGUCCAGUAUGUGGCUUCCGACAGGUAUCUUUUUUUCAAGAAGUUGCAAACGGACCCCAUGAAACGGAAGGCACUCUACUUCGGCCAUCAUGCUCAACACUCUUGCUGUGGCGGGCCCCUCCUGGCUCCCGGGAAGUCUCCUCCAAGCACUAAUAGCCAAGGAUGGAGACUUUUGAUUUGUUCUGCAGCCACUUUCACUGACCAACACAUUUUCCAGUCUAAGCUGUUUGGGUAAAUAUUGUCCUUAAGCUACUAAUCCCACAGGGAAUCUAAUAGAUAGGACUGGUUUUACCUCAACUGAAGGUUAACAGAACAUCUCAACAUGUCAAAUGUGCACUAGAAAAAAAAAUGGCAACCAGAUUUUGUUUUGUUUGUCCCACAAAGAAGCUGAGAGGGCUCGGCAUGUAUUUCUGGUUGACGCUAAUACUGUUUACCGGUUUUGGAGUAAUGAUCAAUUUGAAACAAGUCUUCUUCUACAAUGUGCAUUACUUCUUUUUAUCUGAAUUGAAUUCCUAUCCUAAGCCUAUUCUAGGCAAAUGUUGGCUAGGAUUUAGGCUAUAGUCUUACCUGACACCAUAACAGACAAUUGAGUAGAGUAUAGACAGUUUCUGUUAUUUUCUGUUCUUUGUAUAAGCCUGGGAAGCCUGGUAGUUUAAAAGAGUUUUUGCUGACUUUUUAAGAGGAGUUUUUGUUAAGUUUUGUAAAGCUUUCCAUCAUUUGCUUUUCAUUUUUUGCAAAACCGGGUUUUUUUUUUCUUUAUGAGACUGGUGAGAUCAUCAAAAAACUGUUAAGGGAAAAAUUCCCAUUUCCUUGGCUUUGAACUCCACUUUCUCCAGGGCUGAGUUUUCUAGCUUCCUACUUUCAAAGCAUGUUUUUCCCUUCUUUUGCCACUGAAGCCCUGAAUUUGCAGCCCCCAGAUCUGAAAAAUUGCUUUAGCAGCCUCCAGCAGUCAUGCCUUCCAACUCUGCAGAAUGGAGGCAAGCAGUCUUUCCUUUGUUGAACUUUUGAGGAACUUCUGAGGAACGAUGCACUUUUUCUAAGCUUUUGUGAACCAUGAGAUAAGCUUUGUUCCACUUUCUUCACCUCAUCUCUUCUGCCCCUCAUCAGUGGAUGGGGGAGGAAAGGAAAAUCAGAUGUCCCUCAUCCCUAUGUUCACGUGUAGGUCUAACCCUAAAAUUGGUGCACUUGGUCUGGGUGUGCUACUUUCCACCAUCAAAUAUGGUGAUUCAGACCUUUUUUACCUUUCUGUGAAUUUGUUCUGUCCUGGUGGAAGAGAUGUGACGAGGGCACAUAUGGGUCCCCUUUUAUACCAGUUUCUCUCAAAUUGAUAUCCUCCAUCAGCCAACUUGUCUCACCCCACCUAGGGUGCACGUGUUUGGGAAUGACUGUUUGAUACACAGGAGAGCCAAUUCACAACUUUGGUGCAGUUACAUCUCCAGAAUGUUCAGAGUCGAUCCUCUUCAAGUAGCCUUGUUUUUGUUCUGCGUUGCACAGACGACAAAUGAAAUGCUUUAUCCUGAAUGAUUUUUUUUAAGUCGUUCAAUCACCUGCCCUUCUAACUAUAGUCCUGGGAUUCCACGCAGGGCGGGUCUUCCUUCUGCAAACUUCUCUUCUUUGACAAGUGUUUGGAAGUGGAAAUCUGAUUCUGUAAAAGACUAUUGACUGUUUAAAUCCUUGCUAGGACAAUCUCAAUGUCCAGCCAGAAGGACCGAGACUGUGAUCUAUUCUCAAACUGACUUGUGCUGGGGAAGUUCAGUUGCUGGCCACAGGUUGACUUUCAGCUGUGAACCCUGCUGCAAUGUGCCUUUUCUAGAAAAAAAUGUUAUUGCGUAUUUGCUGAGCUCGUGAGGCAAGAUACUCAUAUUUUUUAUCUCUUGAAAACGUAUGAAAGCUCACACUUGUAUUUUUGUUCAGAUUUGAACCUGUUAGCAAUGGGGAGUAUAUUCACUUGAUGUCUCCUUUUUGAAGGGGGGGGGGGACGCACUUUCUACCACUCUCCCAUGCUGUGUUGUUGCAUUUAUCUGGUAGGGAAAUGGCAUGACCCGAGUCGGGGAAAAUAACACUCCAAUUUUGUUGAGACUUUUAUAAAAGACUGUAAACUGCAUGCACAGUCUUAGCAUUUUGGACAAAUAACUUUUAGCUUCUGGAUUCCCUAGCUUCUCUGGUCUGCUGGAAGAGCUUGCACUUUUGAAAAUGAUCAUAGGAGAAUAAAAUGCAUCUUUCAAAGACGAGUAUUACAAGAAUGAUAGCAGAAACUCUGGAAAGGAAGUAGAUAAUUUAGAUGCUAAAAACAAAAUGAUUCCUAAAACAAUGGUCCCCAACCUUUCGGGCUUUGCAGACCGGCGGGGCGGGGGGAGUGUGCACACUCGCAGCUCCAUUUUUGAGUGUUGUCCACCGCUCAUACAAAUGGAGCUUCGCAUGCAGGUGGGAGUGCCUGCCGCUCGUGCAAAUGAAGCUGCGUGCUUGAGUGUGCUGCUGCUGCUGCUUGUGUGGCCCGGUUCCGAACAGGCCAUGGCCUGGGAAUUGGGGACUCCUGUCCUAAAGGAGAUCCGUUUUUAUUCAGUCUUCCCACGUCGACUGCUGGGAUCUGCAACUUUUCAUGUCUUCUGUUUAAACAGACCCAUCUAAGCGUGUGCAGAAGCCUUUUCCCACAAGAUGUUAUGGUUCAUCCUUCCUAGGAAAUAGAUGCUGGAUAUGAUUUUUGGAUGAAUGGAAGCAUCUCAUCUGGUAUUACCUGCUGACACAUUCCUGGACUCUAAAAAAGGAGGUUGGCUGUAGGUUGGCCCAGCACCACGAUGGGGCUCACAACGCUUCCUGGCCAGGACUCCCUCCUUGUGCACCUACCUCAUCUCUUAAGCAGGUGCUGGAGUGGUUUUUUUCUGGUUUUGUUUGCUUUGUUUUUAAAUCCAGUUUUUGCUGCAUAAUUUAUAUUAUCAAUUACAGCUUACAGGAAGAAAGUUAAUUGUUCAAAAAUUUGGAUAUCUUUUGGAAGAGGGAGAGGUAAUUCUCAAAAGCAUGGAUGCAGACUUUUGCACCUCUGCUUCUGAAAACUUUUGCACCUCUGCUUCUGAAUGAGCACUGCCAUGCUGUUUUGUGUUCUUCAUUUAAGUUAAAUAUUAUGUGUUGUGGUUUGAGAGGGCUCCUAAAGGCAUCAGAAAGACCCACUCUUAAGAAACCAUAGCUCUUAGGAACAUCGCCCAGGCCAUAAAUUGGAAGAUAUAAUUUAAGGCCAAAAUGUCCAUUGUGAGAAAAUUAGGAAAUGCAAAGAGGUCAUCUGUGUGACCUCAUUUGAUGAGUCAGAACAUCACAAUCUUUCCAACCUGGUGUUUUCCAGAUGUGUUGGUCUUUUGGCCAAGAAGGGAUUUAUUUGAGGAAGACACCUGUGAUCUGUGUUCAACUGCAGACAAAUGUCCAUUUUGAAUUUUCCAUAGUCCUUUCAUUAGAGAUCUAUAGAAAUUUGGCCUCUUCUUGAAGACAGUGGGAAUGUUUUCAUUUUAUAUUGAUGAUAAACACAACCUUCAGAUCUAAUUCUGAUGUUUACAUCACUGUUACAAUCAGUUAACUCAGCUGCUAUUAGUUUUAGUUGGCUGCUUUGAAAAUCAUUGCAGAAAUCACUCCUCAAAGAAAAUGCUUUUGAACAGGCUAGUAUUAUUAAUAUUAAUGUUAUUAUUGUAGUAGUAGUAAUAAUCGUUUAAAAGUUCUACAAAGGUUCACGUGGGACAGAUGGUACUUUAAUAGUACGGUAGUUCAGUUUUCUCACCCACGGUGGGCUUUAAGAUUUAAAGUUGCUGAGGUUGAGAAACUAUAGAAUACAGAAUCCAAAACUCUGCAAUUUUCCAGCUUACCUAAUUAGUCCUUUGGGUGCAGGUAUUUCUCUGUUCAUAUCAGUGUCUGAGAACACAACACAUGUAGACCUUAAUAGAUUUCUUGUAUUUAUUGGGCAUUUUAAAGCAUUCCCUUCAUAUCUGCCCCUGUCCCAGUCUUAAUCUUGAUGGUGAUGGAAAAAGGGAGGCAUAAAUUAAAAAAACAAAAACAAAAAAAAUCUCUAUACUUCCAAGAGCAGGAGAAUGAAAUUAUGAGCCAAAUAAUGCAAAGUUGAAAUACAGAAUAAUCUCCUGUAUUGAUAUAGUAAUCACUUGGGUUUGUGUUUGUAUGCAUGUGUGGGCUACUAUCUCUUAUUGCUUAUUUUGUGAGAUUUAAAUUCAUGCCAUUGCUGCAUAAUAAUGAUAAAAAGGGGGUCAUCUAAAUUUGGGGAAUAUUCUGCUAAAUGUUCCUAAAAUGUAGAGUUCCUAUAGGACUCUUGAAAGACCCAUGCAAGUCCUGUCAUUCCUGACGGAGGGAGGGUGAUGAAGUUCUGUCAUGUGUUCAGCUUUUUAGUCAGGUGCAACAUUAAACAUGUGAACAUGUUUAAUCUGUUUGUAUUUUUUAAAUAGCAGCUGCUGAAGGUUGUGGUGGGGAGAGGUGACUGUGGCUUGGGAAUGCAAGUGAGCUUAGAUGUACAAGCACAUGUACCGCACUCCACACACACACACCUCUGAUCCUUUUGGAAGGAACUUCCUUUUGCACCAAGGAGACCAGAGAAUUGCAUUGUGGGAAUGGGUUGAAGGGCAGGAUCGUGACCCGCAAAGCAGGAUUGGCACCUUUCACUUUCUCCUCCCUGCAUACCACAACCCUAUUUUUGCUCAUUCAUCUCUUCUAAGAGGAGCUGGCCUGUGGGGCCAACCACCUUGGUCUUGAGCCAUUUGGCAAAGCAGGGAGGGUGGGGGCACGGCCCCUUCCUUUUUGUACCCACAUCAGAACAGGGUCUCCAAAUUUGGCAACUUUAAGACUUGUGGACUUCAACUCCCAGAAUUCCUCAGCCAGCCCACAAGUCUUAAAAGUUGCCAAGUUUGGAGAGCCUUGCACUAGAAUAACCCAGUCUGAGAAGUUUUGACUUGCAGGACUUCCUCUAAUCUUCCAUAGGAAACAGAAGAGUCUUUGGGAGAGCCCUCUUGGAUAUUGAUGAGGGGGAAUGACGGAGGCUUUUGACUUACUUCCAGAGGACCAAUAACGGUCAGAAAACAUUGGGAUGACAAUCAGUUAUACGAUAGUCAGGAAUUCUUUCCUUUUGUAAUGUAAGCAUUUUGUAUUCUCUGAAGCGUUCAAAUGAAAUAAAAGUUGAACACGUUGACAAAAGCUCAUA